AUGCUCUCCCUCCCCCUCCAAUCUUCUCGGUUCAGCGUUCGAGGCUCUGCAUACCUGACCCGGUUCCCCGUCGGGAAAUCCAUCCAUACAAAGGCGAUCGUGAAUCGAAAUCUGGCGACCUUCAAUUCGCCCCGCCCGACGACCGCGAACCCAAUUGUCCCCGGCUCUCGUCUCUCUUCGCUUUCUCGGCACUUUUCUUCUUCCCCCGCACCCCAAACCAACUCGACCAUGGCGCCCGUGGAGACGAAACAAUAUGACUACAUCGUGCUCGGCGGUGGUAGCGGUGGCAGUGGAAGCGCUCGCCGAGCGGCGGGGUGGUACGGCGCAAAGACGUUGAUCGUGGAGAGCGGUCGGUCUGGCGGUACCUGUGUCAACGUGGGGUGUGUGCCCAAGAAGAUGACGUGGAAUUUUGCGACCAUCAACGAGAUGAUGCACGUCGGCAAGCACUACGGUUAUGACAUCCCCGACAACAUCGCCAUCGACUACAACUCUUUCAAGAAAACGCGCGACGCCGUGAUUAAGCGCCUGAACGGUGCCUACGAGCGUAACUGGGGCCGCGAAGGCAUUGACCUCGUCCACGGCCGCGCAGGUUUCGUGGACCCUAAGACUAUCGAGGUGACCCUCGGCGACGGCUCCGGCACCGCCCAGUACACGGCGCCGCAUAUCUUGAUCGCCACCGGCGGCCGGCCCAACCUCCCCAAGGUCCCCGGUGCCGAGCAUGGUAUCACCAGCGAUGGGUUCUUCGAGAUGGAGGAGCUGCCGCCUAAGGUUGCGGUUGUCGGCGCCGGGUACAUCGCAGUCGAGCUGGCGGGCGUCCUGAACGCCGUGAAUGUUGAGACACACAUGUUCAUCCGCGGUGACACUUUCUUGCGCAAGUUUGACCCCAUGGUACAGAAGACCAUGACUGAUCGCUACGAGGCUGCGGGCGUCAAACUCCACCGCCACCACCCCGGGUUCAAGGAGAUUCAGCUGAUCCGUGACGGCAAGGGCAAGGACCGCCUGCUCAAGCUGAUCGGUCAUGAUGGCUCCGAGCUGGAGGUUAACGAGCUACUGUGGGCUGUGGGCCGUGCGCCCGAAGUUGAGGAUCUGCAUUUGGAACACCCCGGCGUGAAGCUAAACCACGCCGGCCACAUAGUGGUGGACGAGUACCAAAACACCUCUGCCAAGGGAGUGUAUGCGCUGGGCGAUGUGACCGGGCAGGCCGAGCUGACACCAGUUGCCAUCGCCGCCGGCCGCCAACUCGGCAGCCGCAUCUUUGGCCCGCCCGAGCUCAAAUCCGCCAAGCUCUCGUACGAGAACAUCCCGACAGUCGUCUUCUCGCACCCCGAAGUCGGCUCUAUCGGCCUGACCGAGCCCGAGGCCCGCCAGCAAUACGGCGAUGACAAGGUCAAGAUCUACCACACCCGUUUCACCGCCAUGUUCUACGACGUAAUGCCCCCCGAGGAGAAGGCCAAGAACCCUACCGAGAUGAAGCUCAUCUGUGCCGGGCCCCAGGAGAAGGUCGUUGGCCUGCACAUCUUGGGUCUAGGCGUCGGCGAGAUGCUGCAGGGCUUUGGUGUUGCCGUCAAGAUGGGCGCUACCAAGCAGGACUUUGAUAGCUGUGUUGCUAUCCAUCCUACCAGUGCUGAGGAGCUGGUCACGCUGCGGUAG